UCAUAUUCGUCAAACACGUGAUUUGUGCGGGAUGUUUUAGGUUUACUGGGACAGCCGCACUGCCACGUCAUCACGAGGCUGCGGGGUGUCAAGAUAGAGUAUCAUCUUUAUCAUCAUCAUCAUCAAUGUCUCAAAACGAGGAGAUGGAAGUUGAUUCUAUUGCGAGGCGUUCCGCAUUACUGCGUCCCAGUCCAGAUCUGCGCAACAAUCAACUGGAAACGGCCACAGUGAACAUGGAAAGUUUCCGUAGCACCUUCCGAAACAACACUCGUUGGGGAGGGGAUGAUCAAUCAUGGACUCCCCUCCUUAGGACCCUUCUGAGUGUACUUCUGUUAGCGUUAUCAGCCGCAGGUUUCGAAGACGUUCAGAGUCCCGAGCGAGCAGACUCGAUCGUGGACAGCUUUAGCGACACUGAGCGCAGGGAAUGCAAGGAUGUGGCAAUGAAAGUCCUCAAUGACGGCGAUUGGCCUCUGUUGAUCAAGCACUUGGGACCGAGGAUUCGCCGUGAUGGCGGGCGUGAAGCUUCCCCGUCUGGAAUGGCCAAAAAUGAAAACCCAACCGACUGGACAACUUUUCAAUCCUUCGCUCGAGAGUACGUUGGCUCACAUCACAGCUUGCUACUUGGUACCUUGGAUGGUUAUUGCUCAAGGAAUAUACGCCCAUACAAUCGCUCAAUAACCAUCAUACAGUCUUCCGGGUGUGGCAAGUCUCGUUUAAUGGACAAGGUUGCAGAAGAAAGGUUUGCAUUCCCCCUGAACAUAGGGGAGUCAUUGCAGAAGUCGGUGGAGACUUACCCACCCGCUGAUGAGGAUGUCCGGAAAUUUCUCCUCCCGCAAGUAACAGACACGAACGACAGCCUACAUGUCAAAUAUGCCUGUUUUCUGAUACAAAUGUUCCACACUGCAAGACCUAUUGUUCGCUCGUUCAGAUUAAAGGCCCAUUCCAGAAUUGCAAAGAGGUGGCGUGCAUACCUUGCUGAAGGUCAGAGCUUCCGCGAGAUGGGUCCGAAUCGGAAGAAGUUCUAUGGAGAUGUAAUUAAUCGGGCAAUGGACCUGAUGAGAUCUGUGUCUCCAGAAGCAGGAGGCGUUUCCCGGACAUCAUCGGUUGGGGCACGUUUUCCGACCCUGCAAGCACAACUUGCUGAUGCCAUCAAGCUCCUUGAACUGGCACUUUACCCUGGCCCGGGGACACCGCCAUCGAAAAAGGAUGACUGGGAUCACUGUGCCUUCUUCCUUUAUAUCGAUGGGGCCCACAAUCUCGUUGAGGAGCUUGGGCCUGGAAGUGGGUUGCGAGAUCGGAGUGCUUAUCACGCUUUUGGGCGCGUUUUGAGUCGGGUCAACCAUUUGCCUUUUUUCACCUUAUUCCUGUCUACAAAUGCGGAAUCAAGGCCGUUGGCUCCUAAGGUCGCUGUUCAUCCAUCGGCGAGGGACUGGGAAAAGGAAGAAUUGCCUCCGUACACAUUACUGCCAUUUGACAUAUUCUCAGCGGGCCAGUGCGCUGCCCUCGACAGAGGAGACUCGUUAAUCACACUGGCGGCAGCAUGCUCCAGUGGUAAUCUGGUUCGUUUUGGUAGGCCCCUGUGGUACUCGAUGUAUGAGAACCUGCAAGAAACCACUGAGAAUAUCUUUACGUUCGCAGUGAAAAAACUCAAUCCAAUGGGCGAUAAGGGUUUUCGAUCCCAAUGUAAAGAUGAGACUAGCAAUGAAACGGAUGCAUCUGCUAUGCUUGCAUCCCUUGACAUCAGGAUUCAUCUCUCUUUUGACGUUGCGAGAGAAGCUGCGCGGUCAAAGAUCUCAACUUUAGUCCAGACUUAUAUGCGGAUCAUCUAUGCUGUCUCGGAGCAUCAUGAAUUCAUAUACUCAGGCUAUCCCUCCGAACCCGUGCUUGCCGAGGCUGCGGCUCGAUUGCUCAACCGAGAGGGUCCCAUUGGCUCCGGGGCUCCUCUACCACCAAUUGCGUUCAAGGGGCCAGAUAUACUGAAAGCGGCAUAUGGUGAGGGGAUUCUUAAUCGUGGAGAGCGUGGAGAAACCGUGGGACGUCUGCUGAUGACCAUCGCCCAUGAUGCUGUCAUUAUGCGCGACAAUCCAUUGUACGAGUUUGAGCCGGUGUAUCAUGUACCCAUCAAGGUGCUUGACUUCCUUCAAUGCCUUUUCCACAAAAGCCAUCACCAAGCCAUCUUCCAUGCGCUUCCUGUGGCUGCUCAGGAGGGUGCAAAGACCCUUCAGAGUGCGUAUGAAAACGCUUAUAUUAGUUUCUCACACUUCGCUCAGCUGGGAGAUAGCAAAGCAACCCGAGUGGAAUAUCUAUCCAAAAUACUUUUACGUGGGGCUGCUGUUAACUGCGAUGCUCAGCAGUCCCCUGUUGAUUUCGUCAUUCCGAUCCUUUUGGGGGGUCCUGAACAGCCCAUCAACCGAAAAGUGACAUCUGCGCUCCAAGUGCUGAUCAACAACCGCAAAUAUAUACCACCUGGGGAUGCCCUCGUGAAUCCAAGAGUCACCAGUCCUGACCCUGACGUGCCAGUCCUAUCACUCAUUCUUGAAUUGGGUACUCAGGCGUCGUUCGUCGAUGUACGAUCUUGUGAGACCCAAAGUGACCACAGAUCACCGGAUGACAAUCACUACCUCAUCGUGGCGCGUGGAUGCUCUUCCGAGACUUACUCAGUAAUUCCCCCAGAGUACGAUACCAAGUAUUCCUACUUACUGCGGGAUCUAGUGUUGCUCGGUGAUUUCGCAAGAAAACGCAAUAUUCGCCAGGUAUUGCAGCAAAAGCCGGCUUUCUAUGGCGAAAAGGGUGAAUCUUGGAUUUGGUGAACACUUGCCGGUCAUCCAAUGUGUUGAGGCUGUAGCUCGGUUGCUCAACCGAAAGGACCUUGGAGGCUCUGAGACACCCCUACCACCCAUUGCAUUCAAAGGACCGAACAUACUGAAGGCUGCAUAUGGUGAAAGGAUUCUUGAGCGUGGAGAGGCUGUGGGACGUCUGCUAAUGACCAUUGCCCAUGAUGCGGUCAUUAUGCGCGAUAAUCCAUCAUAUGAGUUUGACCCAGUAUUCCAUGUACAUAUCAAGGUGCUCGACUCCUUUUCCACAAUAGGCAUCAUGACACCAUUCUCGAUGCA